AUGGCCCAAAUGACAAUGACCGUCCAGACUGAUGUGGUAGUGAGCCCUAACAGUGGGAAAAUGGCUUACGUCACUUUCCUCGCCGGAAAUAAAGACUAUUGGAUGGGUGUGGUUGGUCUAGCCAAAGGACUUCGUAAGGUAAAAUCGGCUUAUCCUCUUGUGGUGGCGAUUCUCCCAGACGUGCCAGAGGAACAUCGUCAGAUCCUUGUGGCUCAAGGAUGCAUCAUCCGUGAGAUCGAACCGGUUCAUCCGCCGGAAAACCCAGCCGGUUAUUCCAUGGCCUAUUUCGUUCUCAACUACUCUUAGCUUCGUAUUUGGGAGUUCGUGGAGUAUGAGAAGGUGAUAUAUCUAGAUGGAGACAUACAAGUGUUUAGUAACAUCGAUCAUCUUUUCGAUGCUCCUUGUGGCUACUUGUACGCGGUCAGCCCCGAUUGCUUCUGCGAGAUAUCAUGGUGUACAACUCCUCAGUACAAGAUCGGUUAUUGUCAACAGUCGCCGGAAAAGGUGACGUGGCCAGUGGAAACCCAUGGUUCUCCUCCACCGUUGUAUUUCAACGCUGGUAUGUUGGUUUUUGAACCAAAUCUUGCCACUUACGAGGAUCUCAUUCGUGUUGUUCAAGUCACUACGCCGACCUGUUUCGCCGAGCAGGAUUUUCUUAAUGUGUACUUUAGAGACAUUUACAAGCAUCUCAUAAUAGCCAUGCUUUGGCGUCAUCCUGAAAGAUUUGAUCUUGAUCAGAUCAGCGUUGUUCAUUACUGUGCUAAUGGUUCUAAGCCUUGGAAAUACAAUGAAGCUGAUGAACAUAUGGAUCGAGAAGACGUAAAAAUGUUGGUGAAGAAAUGGUGGGAGAUUUACGAAGAUUCGAGUUUGGACUACAAGAACUUUGUCGAGACUGAAUCAAAGUUAAACCCCAACCCGAUCAUUGGAGCCUUAGCUUCCAAGGAAACUGGUGGUGAUGGUCUUACGAACCUUGCCCCCUGCGCCGCAUAA